AUGGCUCUCCUCGACGCAACAACGCCGCCGGCGGGGGGCCCUACGCUCUUCGGCAUGUCCAUGAAGCAGGUCUCCCUCAUCACGCUGACGUUCCAAAACUCGGCAUUGAUCCUGAUCAUGCACUACUCUCGAAUCAUGCCUCCCGUGAGCGACCACCGAUACUUCACCUCCACCGCCGUCUUCCUCAAUGAGGUCAUCAAGCUGUCCAUCUGCUUGACCUGCUCCAUCGCCGAGGUCUCGCGCACCCUGGCUCCCUCCACCCCCGCCACCGUCAUCUUCGAGCAGAUCUACAACCAAGUCUUCUCCGGCGACGGCUGGAAGCUCGCCAUCCCCGCCACUCUCUACACCUUGCAGAACACAUUACAGUAUGUCGCCGUCGGUAACCUCGACGCCGUGCACUUCCAGGUGCUCUACCAGCUCAAGAUCCUCACCACCGCCAUCUUCUCCGUAACGAUGCUCCGCCGCUCCCUCGGCACGAAGCGCUGGAUCUCCCUCAUCAUCCUGACCCUCGGCGUCUCCAUCGUCUCCCUCCCCCAGUCUCCCUCCGGAGGCCACGGCGAUGCGACUGUCGGAGGCAACAUCCUCCUCCACGACACCACCGACCACUUCUUCCCACGGUCCGUCCACGAGCUGGGCCAGGCCGCCGAGGGUGCUGCCGAAGUGGCCCGCGAAUUGACGAAGCGCGCCGCCGUUGGUCUUGCCGGGGUCGGCGAGGAAGUCGGAAACGUCAUCGCGAAGCGCUCCGCCUCGUACCAGGGCAUCCAGGAAGAUCAGGACCUCGCCCCGCUGAUGAACUACUCAAUUGGUCUCUCCGCCGUCCUCGUCGCUGCUGUCGCAUCUGGACUGGCUGGUGUGUACUUUGAGAAGAUGUUGAAGGACUCCGCUACCCCUGCGUCGGUCUGGACUCGCAACAUUCAGCUGUCCUUCUACUCGCUCUUCCCCGCCCUUGCCGGAGUCAUCUUCAAGGAUGGCGAGGACAUUGCCCGCCACGGGUUCUUUGAGGGCUACAACUGGGUUGUCUGGACUGCCAUCGUAUUCCAGGCCGUCGGAGGCGUGUUGGCUUCGCUGUGCAUCAACUACGCGGACAACAUUGCCAAGAACUUUGCUGCGAGCAUCAGCAUCGUGAUCAGCUUCUUGUUCAGUGUCUGGUUCUUUGACUUCAAGGUCAACUUUUCGUUCAUUGCCGGCACCGCUCUCGUCCUGGCCUCGACCUAUCUCUACAGCAUCCCCGACCGCAAGGGCCGUCCACCACCGAUCACCAUCGCGAGCUACGAGAAGCCCAUGGUCGACCCAGCCUACACCCCGCAGACCACCGACGAGACCAAGCUGAACCUGGACCCUCUGGAAUCCGUCCGCAACAUGGGUCUCUCGACGUCUAGGCCAUCGUCGCCCAUGCUGCACCACCACCGAGCCCCGUCAGCCAGGGGCAAGAACCGCGACGAUUAA